CUUAUUGGUCUGUGGUAUACAUUACGGAAUACACCCCAUGUCAGCUCCUUGUGCCUCUUUUACAAUCUAAAAAUUAUAUACUUUCUGAACUGAUUUAGUAAUUAAACAAUAUUCUUAUUUUGAGCUAUAUUAGACUUAAAUUUUAAAAUGUAUUAUAAAUAUAUCGUCGUAUUUUUCAUAGCCAUUUAUGUUGUCGUUGUUUCGGGUCAAUCAUAUGAAGAUAAGAGGUGCAAAUGUGUUUGUCCAAGUCCAGCUGCAGUGUUUAACAACUCAGCGACCACUACCACUGAUCACCGCAGACAUUAUAUUGCAAAUGUUCCACCCAAUAAAUGCAACUGCAAGGGUGUAAUUCUGCCACGUGAUGGAGCUGAAAUCACUGAAGAGUUUUGCCCCCGAUGCGAGUGCAAAUAUGAGAAUCGGAACACUACUAUUAUCAAGGUGGUAGUGAUAAUAGUGAUCUGGGUGAUAAUGCUGCUGGUGGUUUACAUGGGCUUCCUCAUCUGCCUCGACCCGCUGAUCAACAAGCGAGCUAAGGCCUCGUAUCAAGAACACACCAAUGAAGAUGACGAGGGUGCCCUGCCGGGGCCGUCACAGCAGAUGGGGGCCAGAGGCAACGUUCUCAACCGAGUGACUCACCAGCAGGACAAGUGGAAGCGGCAAGUGAGGGAACAACGCAGGAACAUUUACGACAGGCACACCAUGCUCAAUUAGAACUAUGACCGCGGCACCGUUGGAAUUGAGCUCAGUUUUGGUUGGUGAGUCGCUGUUGUACUUUUUUCAAUAGCGAUGAUGACGGGGUAUGGUAAACGAAACUAUUCAGUC